CUUAAUUGAUUUGUAGUUCAAUUGUAUGUUCUCUUAAUGUUUCAUAAAAAACCAUACUCGUUUAUAUGAUCAACACAUGUCACAUGUGCUCUACGUUAUCAUAAGAUUAUAAAAAUCCUUCAAUAAAUUAAGAAAGAAAAAUACUUUAAUCAAAAGGAUUAUAUAAAAAUUAUCAGAUUGUAAUUUAUUUUUUUAUUAUAAAAUAAAUCUAACAGAUAAUAUAAAAUUAUGUCAGUCCGUAAAUUUACUUUUAUAUAAUUUAUUUACGCGCCUAACAGCUCAUUGAGAAAUAAAACAGUCGACCAUGAUUUUAUUUUGUUUUUUAUGUUAUAUAUAUAUAUAUAUAUAGAUAUAUUAAAAUAGUGAUCAAUAGUGUAUAUAAAUGUUUGAAAAAAAAAAUAGCGAAUACGAAGUUGUAAAGAUUUGCACGUUGAGCGAAUGUAUAAGAAUUUUCUUUUUUUAAUUAAACUAAAAUAAGACUAUGAAUCCUUAUUCAAUUUUGAUAAAUUAAUCAUAACAAUCAGAUUCGAGACUUGGAGUUGAAUUUGUAAAAGUCACGGCCAGAUGAUUCUCAAACUCAGUCUGUAGGUUCUUCAGUCUCCUCUUGGACUCUUGGCGAACUCCGCCAUUUUCUCUUUCAAAUCAGCUUCGCAGUUGUGACUGUGUGAGUAAACUUGUGCAGAAGUUUCUGUUGGGAUCUAUUUUCUUGCCUUCAAUUUUGAAAUAAAUGGAGUUGUUUGUCCCUGCCAAAAAAAAAAAAAAAAACAGGGAUCUUUAGUACAUCUAUCAACAUUCAUUAUGGUUCAGCCUAUAGAGGGUGUAAGCCUUUUUGUUUCUUUCCUGUGUUCCAGUUUUUCCAUGUCGAAGAUAAUGGGGUUAACAUCCAUUUGGAUCUGUGUCGUCGUUUAGUAAUUUAGUUGAGAUAUGGUUUGCGAAAGCAACAUAAAUGUAAUGUUUAGAAAUGUCUUGCUAGUCAUAUACCAACCGAGAUGCUCGGUUGCUUUGAAUAAAUUUCUGAAGAAUUAUUUUGCAGAACUUGCCCUCUUUUGAUGAAUUUAAGAACUUGUUUUGCGGUUGCCUUCUAUGCUGGACUGUACGAUAUAAUGAUCACUCAUGUCAUUCUUUUGUCGUUUUUGGUGAUGUUGACGUUGAAAUCUCAGUGAUAAGAUUUUUUUCAAUGGGAGUGUUGGCAAAUGUUGGUGAACAGGGGAACCUUGCUUAAAAGGGAUAUUUACAACGAUCUGGCAUGUGUUGCAUAGCCUAAUUUUUUUGUUAGGAAAGCUUGUGUUUUUUAUGCUGCUAGCCGAGCAGGAGUUAUUUGUUGAAGGGUUUUUGUGGGACUCUCAUUCCGGCCACGAUGAUCAGCAGGCAGCAUUUGUUGACCUAUAUUUACCUUCUAGUUUACAUCUUGCUUUCAUCAGGGGUUAUUUUGUACAACAAGUGGGUCCUCUCGACAAAGUACUUCAAUUUUCCAUAUCCAAUAACCCUCACUAUGAUUCAUAUGGGAUUUUCUGGCGCUGUUGCAUUCUUUCUCAUCCGUGUUUUCAAGGUUGUUUCGCCUAUUCAAAUGACAUUCAAAAUAUAUGCAACAUUUGUCGUUCCUAUAAGUGCUUUCUUUGCAUCUAGUUUAUGGUUCGGCAACACUGCUUAUCUGUACAUUUCUGUGGCCUUCAUCCAGAUGCUUAAAGCCCUGAUGCCAGUGGCAACAUUCCUCACAGCAGUUGUCUGUGGCAUUGACAAAUUAAGGUUUGAUGUGUUCUUGAACAUGGUGCUGGUCAGUGUUGGAGUUGUCGUUUCUUCAUAUGGGGAAAUUCAUUUUAAUGUGCUGGGUACAGCUUAUCAAAUCAUGGGCAUGUUUGGUGAGGCUCUCAGGCUUGUCUUAACACAAGUUCUUCUUCAAAAAAAGGGCUUAACUCUAAAUCCUAUCACCAGCUUAUAUUACAUAGCACCUUGCAGCUUUAUCUUUUUGUUUGUUCCUUGGUAUUUUCUGGAGAAGCCUGUAAUGGAAGUUUCACAGAUUCAGUUCAACUCUUGGAUAUUCUUCUCAAACGCACUUUGUGCUCUAGCUUUGAACUUCUCAAUUUUCUUAGUAAUUGGUAGAACUGGAGCUGUAACCAUCCGUGUUGCAGGAGUAUUGAAAGACUGGAUACUCAUUGCCCUUUCAACUGCUCUAUUUCCCGAGUCUAUGAUCACUAGUCUCAAUAUAAUUGGUUAUGCGAUAGCUCUCUGUGGUGUCAUCAUUUAUAAUUACUUGAAGGUCAGAGAUUCUCGUGCAUCUCAAUUUCCUCCUGAAAGUCUCCCAGAUAGAGCAGUAAAGGAGUUUAAGAUGGAGAGGAAAGAAUCUGAUGUAUACGUCCCCAAUGACGAUGUAAACAACAACAACGGUGGAAGGAUUGGAUGGAAUGCUUCUAUUCCCGGUUCAGAAGUGGACGAAGAAGCUACUUUAAUUCCUCCCUUGAGGCUGUCGCAUCUUGGGAGAAGCCAGCUUAGUAGCCAUACAUCUUAGAAGCAGAGGAAGAAUAGCAAGAAGUAGCCCAUCAAGGAGAAAAAUGAAGACGGAAGGAAAAUGAAGAGUGAACUAGAAUGAUUCCUUUUUCUUGUUUGGCAUGGAGGAAAAAGGGAAGGAUCAAACGUGUGGGAUGUGGAUUUUCUUUCCUGGUCAACCAAAUUUAUUGCCUCGGAUGUGGAAAUCAAGAGGAAAAAUGAAUGAGACAAAGAGAAGAUUGGUAAAAUGACCAUAUUUUUUUUCCUGAAUAAUUCUUUACUUCAAUUAUGGAUUAGAGAAUACUAUUUUGUAUAAGGACACAGUUUACUUCCGAAUUGGGUUGGAGGAAGCUUCCUAUGAACAUGUGACAAUUACAUAUUUUUUUAACCAAGGAUAGUGACUCUUCCAAACAUUCCUCCUAUUAGACACUUUCAAUGAAGAUGCCAAUCCUUGUAUUUUUCCUCU